UAUAGAAGAAAAGAAAAUCAAUUCUGAAUCAGAACCCGAAACAACUCAAAGUCAACUUUAAAUCACUUUACACACAAUAUAUAGAGCAACAAUGCUUCCAUGACCCUAUGCGAUUGCCCUACUCUUCUGUGCCUUUCUCUUCUUUUUUUCUUCUCUCAUUAUUCACCAUCUCUUCCAAAAAUGAAGUUCCAAGAUUAUGAGCCUCCCUCUAGCCCAAAACACAUGAUCCCAAAAGUGACCUUACUAGCAAUCUUGGUCAUACUAAUAUUUGCCGUAACCCCUUUAUGGUACCCUUUGUUGAGUUACUCUUCACACUUGAACAUCAAUAAGAAUAUUCCAUCAUCAUCUUCAUCAUAUGAUCAAAGGCAAGAAGAAAACUUGCCCUCAACAUAUGUGGAGAAGUGUGACAUUUUCAGUGGGGAGUGGGUGCCAAACCCAAAGGCACCAUACUACACAAACAAGACAUGUUGGGCAAUUCAUGAGCACCAAAAUUGCAUCAAGUAUGGGAGGCCUGACUCUGAGUUCAUGAAGUGGAGGUGGAAGCCAAGUGAGUGUGAACUCCCCAUAUUCAACCCUUUUCAGUUCCUUGAAAUUGUUAAGGGAAAAUCCAUGGCUUUUGUUGGUGACUCAGUGGGAAGAAAUCAGAUGCAAUCCAUGAUUUGCCUCCUUUCAAGGGUGGAAUGGCCAAUAGAUGUAUCAUACACUACUGAUGAAUAUUUUAAGCGAUGGAAGUAUCCGAGUUAUAACUUUACCAUGGCCACAUUUUGGACACCCCAUUUGGUAAGAUCCAAAAUGGCAGAUUCACAUGGUCCAAGCAACACCGGCCUUUUUAACCUUUAUCUUGAUGAGGUUGAUGAGAAAUGGACAACCCAAAUUGAAGAAUUUGACUAUAUCAUUCUUGAUGGAGGGCAUUGGUUCUACCGACCAAUGGUGUUCUAUGAGAAGCAAAAAAUUGUUGGAUGUCACUAUUGCCUCUUAGAAAAUGUCCCAGAUUUAACCAUGUUCUAUGGUUAUAGAAAGGCUUUUAGGACUGCAUUCAAAGCUAUCAAUAGUUUAGAAAAUUUCAAGGGUAUAGUAUUCCUUAGAACAUUUGCACCAUCUCAUUUUGAGAAUGGAAUAUGGAAUCAAGGUGGGAAUUGUGUGAGAACUAAGCCAUCUAGGAGUAAUGAGACAAGGUUAGAGGGCACUAAUUUGGAGCUAUAUAUGAUCCAAUUGGAGGAAUUCAAGAAAGCUGAAAAGGAAGGUAGAAAGAAGGGUUUGAAAUUGAAGUUACUUGACACCACACAAGCAAUGUUAUUGAGACCAGAUGGUCAUCCAAGUAGAUAUGGACAUUGGCCACAAGAGAAUGUAACAUUAUAUAAUGAUUGUGUGCAUUGGUGUUUGCCAGGACCCAUAGACACAUGGAGUGAUUUCUUGCUAGAAAUGUUGAAGAUGGAAGGCGUGAGAUCUGCAAUAAGCUAAAUUUAUAAGUAUUAUUAAUUUAACUAUUUUUUUCUUGUAAAUUAUCAUUGACAAUAUUAUUUUUGUAAUUUUAUAAAGAUGAAAUUUGUUAUGCCAUAAUAAAAGUGAAUAUUUUAAAAAAAUUAUAGAAACAA